UGGUUCACCGUAUAGACCAACAAGAAGUAGACCUUCCAUUCCACCCUCUGCAGAUGCACACCCUUCGUUUCAUUAUCGUAUCAGAAAUUCAGAAUAAUCCGUCCAAAUCUCCGUCAAUUCUUAACUCAGAGAACCCUAAAUUUUAAUCAUGGAUUUCUUCAAAUCAGUUUUCGCCGACGAUCCAGAUCCCACUAAACCCCAACUCCAACCGGAAUCCGAUACUCUCAGAGCCGAAUACUCCACCCCCGAUUCCUCUCCCAAACUGUCUGAUCCCGAUCCUAACGCUAGCGGGUGGAGCUUCGGCGGUCUGUUCAAAACGAUAGCAACCAGAUCCGAAUCCGUGAUCGAAACCUACCGUCGCGACCUCGAAGAAUUCGGGGUGGGUCUCAAAAAGGAAAUCGAGGUAGCUCAGGGCUCGUUAGGGAACGUAGGGCAAGUCAUUGAUGAGUUCGGGAAUACGGUCAUAAAGGGAACGACUCAGAUCAUUAAUCAAGGCAAGGAAGCAAUAUUAGUUGCCGAUAACGAAUCCGAUUCCCCUUCCUCCGAGAGCAAGGACAAAAGUCAGAUUGCUCAACGGAGCUUGAACUCGAAUCGGUACAGUCGGUUCGAUGCUCAAGCAAGGGCAAUUCAAGGAGAUAUUAAUACUUAUAUUGAAGAGCCGGAGGAUUUGGAGUAUUAUAAGAAGUGGAAAGCUGGGUUUGAUUUGAGAGAUAAGGAAGAAGAGAUUGAGAGAUUGAUGGAAGAGAAUGGGGAGAUGGAGAGUGUUUAUAAAAGGGUUGUUGGUGUUUCGAAUGGGGUUGAUCAUGAGACGUUUUGGUGUAGGUAUUUUUAUAAGGUUUGUAGGCUUAAGCAAGCCGAGGAUGCGAGGAUUAAGCUUGUUAAGAGAGCGAUUUCUAGGGAAGAAGAGGAGGAUCUGAGUUGGGAUGUGGAUGAGGAUGAGGAUGAAGAAGAGGUGGAUGAGAGAAAUGUAAUGCCGAAAGUGACUUUAAAGAAGCAAGAAGAUGUGGAGAAGGAGGAAAAAGAUGCAACCGUGGAACAGAAAGCAGAAGAAACUGAUAUUUUGGAUAAAAAAAUGGUGGUAGAGAAAGCUGGAAAAGGUGCUGCUUUGGAGAGUGAGGAUCAAGCUGCUGAGAAGGUAAAGGAAAUGAAUCCUGUAGAGGAACCGCGAGUGGAAUGGAAGGGAAAUGAUAUUAAUUUGGAGAAGAAUGAAGAGGCUUGCAAGGAUGAUUCAGUGGCGAAAUCUGUCCAGAAAGUGGUUUCUGAAGGGAACGGCAAGAAUGAGGAGCUGAAGCCAAGUAGUGGAAGUGGUAAAGACAGUGAUUUUUCAGUCGUGUCAAGCCAUCCAUCUAUGGCUGAGGAGGAUGAGGAUCUCGGGUGGGAUGAAAUUGAGGAUCUUAGCAUCAUUGAUGAUAAGAAAGGAACUCAUAGCGGAAACCCGAGCUCCUCCAAUAGGGCUGACCUGAGAAAGCGACUAAGUACUGCAGAAGAAGAUGAGGAUUUGAGCUGGGAUAUUGAAGAUGACGACGAACCGGUUAAAUCUUGAUGAAAAACUUUAAUUUGAUGUUUAUUGUUAAGAAUUUAUUGCAUUAUGAUGUUUCUUUUUCCUUGUAUCCCUUUCCCUUUUCAUUUGAAAUGCAAGUGUCUUCUACGA